CAUCGGAGUGGGAGCAGCUUCACCUCGCGCAUCUCAGGGCAAUGGCGCUCCGUUUUGCCGCCCUCUGGCUGUCCCUCGCCGCGGCCCGCGCGGGCGACCCGGAGACCUGCCCCGCGGGGCGGGUCUGCGCUCCUGGGGAGCAGGAUGAUGCAGGCCUGCUCCAAAGCAGUGCAAAGUUUGCGGCGGCGACGCUACACCAGCACGCCAGGUUGGUUGACGUGCCCACCAACAGCGACGAGUGCAAGCAGGUGAAGAACAUAAACACCGGCCUGCCGAUCGUCUACGACCCCAGCUGCCCCGUGCCGACGCCGGCGCCGACGCCAGCGCCGACGUCCUUCGACUGCAUGGCGGUCCCGAACAUCAACACUGGCCUGCCGAUCGUCUACGACCCCAGCUGCCCCGGACUGUGCUGCUUCGAGGACACGCCGUGCCGGUACUGCAACGAGGGCUGCUAUGGCCAGGGCGCGUGCUCAGCCCCGACGCCGUCGCCAGUGCCGACGCUGGCGCCGACGCCAGCGCCGACAACUUUCGACUGCAUGGCGGUCCCGAACAUCAACACUGGCCAUCCGAUCGUCUACGACCCCAGCUGCCCUGGUCCGUGCUGCUUCGAGAACACGCCGUGCCGGUACUGCAACGAGGGCUGCUAUGGCCAGGGCGCGUGCUUAGCCCCGACUCCGACGCCAGCGCGCCUGGUCCAGGUUGACGUGCCCACCAACAGCGACGAGUGCAAGCAGGUGAAGAACAUCAACACGGCCCUGCCGAUCGUCUACGACUCCAGUUGCCCUGGCCUGUGCUGCUUCGAGGACACCUGCCCCGGCCUGUGCUGCUUCGAGGACACGCCGUGCCGGUACUGCAACGAGGGCUGCUAUGGCCAGGGCGCGUGCUCGGGCCCGACGCCGACGCCUGGCGCGUGCUCGGCCCCGACGCCGACGACUGUGCCGACGCCGGCGCCGACGCCAGCGCCGACGUCCUUCGACUGCAUGGCGGUCCCGAACAUCAACACCGGCCUGCCGAUCGUCUACGACCCCAGCUGCCCCGGUUUGUGCUGCUUCGAGGACACGCCGUGCCGGUACUGCAACGAGGGCUGCUAUGGCCAGGGCGCGUGCUCGGCCCCGACGCCGACGACUGUGCCGACUCCGGCGCCGACGCCAGCGCCGACGUCCUUCGACUGCAUGGCGGUUCCCAACAUCAACACCGGCCUGCCGAUCGUCUACGACCCCAGCUGCCCCGGCCUGUGCUGCUUCGAGAACACGCCGUGCCGGUACUGCAACGAGGGCUGCUAUGGCCAGGGCGCGUGCCAGCCUGCGGCGUAG